UGUACUGCACUCUCAAGGAACUUUUUGUACUGCAAAAGCCUUAGGGGCUUGUGACCACUCUCUCUUUCUGCAAAAAAUAUUAUGCAGUUGUACUUUACUGUGUCAGGAGUGUCUGAAGGUGGUGGUGGUGGAUUGGCGAAAUGGGAUAGUGAGAGGAAUUGAGAACAAAAAUAAACGCCUGCUAUUUUGCAUUCCCUUCUUCCCUUCAUCAAAAACGAAAGGGAAAUCUUGGCAAUUGCACCAAGUUGCACAUAUUGCAAGUUGUUCCGUUUGAGAGCAGUGAGAAAACCUGAUUUCAGUUCAAUCCAUUAAAUAAACAACUUAAAACACUUGAGAUUUUGCAAUCACAUGUGAGAUAAUAAAGCACAAAGGACGUUGCGAUGAUUUAAUUCUUUUCCAUCAGACUAAUUUCGGCUAAUUAUUUGGUCUUGCAAGUUUAGACGACCGUGGUGAUCCUCGUUGUGCAUGUAUUUGCAAGUGGACAAAGAGUGUGAGACACGCUUUUCGUUUUAAAUGACCAAGAUUUUUCGACUCAGUCAACUGUGUACGCACGCAGCUCUCGAAUUUAUUGAUCGUUUUCAUCGACCCGAGUAAAAUGUGCACAUUCACAAAUACCAACUCUCAUACUUAACAGGAAUUAUUUAUUCGAGGGUUCAUAAAUUGUGAAAUUUUAACGUGUUGUGAAUUAUACGAAUUUUAAACGGAUUGAUUUCAACAGUCAAUAAAAGAUCCAGUCAAUCUAAAAAUUCCAGAUAGGCUAAAAUCAUCUGGAUUUGAAACUUGAAGGGAAUGGCGUAAAUAGAGCAAUAUUGGAUCUUAUUUGAUUCGGGACUGGAUUGCUGUUCGUUUAUAAAAGGAGCCCAGAAAUAUCUUCGUAUUUUAGAAAAUGGAGAAUCAACUGAUCCGAUUGUUCAUACUGAUCCUCUUGGUAUUUCUGCUCACCUCAGACAUCAAAGAUUUGCUCGAUGCUCUGUCCACAACGGCCACCGUGGGACCCUAUUUGAGCAAUUGGCGAUCACAGCAUCAAGCUCAUGCUAGAGACAAUCGACCCCCGCCGACGACACGUUCUCCAACUAUAAAAUCAAGACAGGAAAAGAGAAGCUUAACGAUAAAAAAUAAUGUAGGAAAAACUCCCGACCAAUUAAAUGGUCUCGGAGAAGGGGGCGAAGCGGAGGGGGAACUUCCGGCUAAAUUUUUUACACCAAUUGCUAAUGGGAGACGGAAGUUAAAAUCGUCCGAGCGUUCAAUCAAAAUCAAACGAAUAAAUCCAGACGACAUUUUUGCUUCUUUGUCGGACGAUGAAAAACAGGAACUGUUAGCAAUGCGAAGUCAAAUGACGAAGACUAUGCAGGAAUGGUGCCUUCCGAAGCUCGUUUGUGAAUUGCAUGCUGGAAUUGGAGAUCGUACUGGCAGGAUAUCAGAAGCAGAACAAGGACUUUUAUCCAUCAUUAAAGAAACUAGCAUGAAUCCGAUGGGGGAGGUGAUCUCCAAAUACCAUUUUGCAGCGCAUAUGGGGCAACUCUUAGCUAACGUCGAAGGCAACGGCUGUCACAACUUGUACCCAUCGUGUCCCUUAUCUGGCCCUAAGGUGCUUCAAAUGGUGAAAAGAGUCAGGAUUAAGUAACCUCGCCGUUUGUACUUUAGACUAAAAAAUAUUGUAAGUCAUGAACCACACAAAAAUCGAUGUAUGGAUGUAAUCAAAAUGUAAAAAGGACGUCGUUUUUUAAUUAUUUAAUCUCAAUCAAAACUCAAUAAUAAUUAAUAGUCAGAUUAGUCAGGACGAAAGCCAUUGUGACCACAUUUUUUCCGUUGAGAUCAACCAAUAUGCACUGCAGAGGAAAAUAUGAGGUGUCAUCUUGGCAAAUUCGUUUAGAGUAAAAAUUUAAGAAAACUGAAAUUAAUGCGCGUAUGUGUGCAUUAAUUUAAACAAAAAUGAAAGACUGAUUUUUUGAAAUAUUUUACCCCCAACGUUGUCAUUUUAUUUUUAAUCAUGGAUUUCAUAUAACUACUAAUUUUAAGAGCACAUUAUAAAUGAAUUCCAUUGUAAAACUUAUUAAACUUAUUAAAACUUGGAUAUUCCUCCCAAGUUUGUGGAGUAAGAUUUUUGAUUGAAAGAGAAAUAAAAUAAUGAAAGUUUGAACUUGAUGAA